AUGGAAGCGCUAAUUCCAUUUUCCAGGUACUGGGGUUGCAUUUUGCAGUACUGGAACCAUAUUGCAGCACUUAAGCCUUGCAAGUGCCCCAUGUGCUCUCAGCAGAUUACUACUUUGACACCCGAAGCAUCAUUAUUCCAUCAGCCGGAAGUGGAGGUUACUGAGAUUCUGAGCAAUGUUCAGAGAUAUAAUCGCCUUUUUGUUGGAGGCAUUUAUGGCCACAUUGUGAAAGUGCUUGAGUUGCCAUUGGUCACUAAGAGAAUAGUUUGUGAAAUGAUGGAUCCUGAUAGACCUGGUGCUCACCUCAAAAACUUGCGCCUGCUUGCAGUUAAUGAUUCACAUCCAUAUGUUUUGAAUUUUGAGUUUCUUGGAAUUUGUGAGGUGCAGAGUACUUUGUGCAUUGUCAUGAUAGUUGAUAAGAUUUUCAAACCUGGUGAGGAUUCUGAAAGAGAUAUCAAUUGGGUUGUCUUCAAGCCCUGGGAAUUAACAGUGAAAUACGAGAAAGCUAGUGGAAACAUGAUAUUUUUGGGUUUCCUUUACGCAAUCAGCCCCUUUGACUUCAUUCCAACAGGGUAUCUGACUAUCAUAGAUGUUUUUGAUUACUCUGCUAUGGUUCUCUCUUUCAUCUUAUAUUUGGCCGGCCUCUAUCUCCGACGAAGACGUUUCCAACAAGUGAGGGAGUUGGCUGCCAUCCAAAGCUUCUGCACGAUUGCACCACGUCUCCCCCUUCAAUUCUGGGAUGGAUCUUGGAACUUGGUGAUUAUAUGGAUUGGUGCUGUUACCUUGCAGCUUGUCUGUAUCUUUCUAUAG